AGAAGUAAGGGUCAAAUGUUUUUGUGGUGAGCUCUCAAAAGCAGACAUAAAAGAAUCAUUCCCAUUUAUAAACAAACCUAAACCUCUCUUUUCUUCUUCUUCUUCUCUUUACCUUUUUCAUUCCAAAAUAUCUCUCUCUCUCUCUCUCCCUAUCUCCGAUCAAAGUGUUGCUCUCUUUGCGAGCAGCUUCCAUGUCGCGUAGUUGCUCACAGUGUGGAAACAACGCCCACAACUCUCGCACAUGUCCAACAGAGAUAACCACCACCGGCGACAACAACGGCGGCAGCGGCGGCGGAGAGAAAGCCAUCAUGCUUUUUGGCGUCCGCGUCACGGAAGCUUCAUCAUCUUGUUUUAGAAAAAGUCUUAGUAUGAACAAUCUCUCUCAAUUCGAUCAAACUCCUGAUCCCAAUCCCGCCGAUGACGGUGGUUACGCUUCAGACGACGUCGUUCACGCCUCCGGUAGAAACCGCGAACGCAAACGAGGAACUCCAUGGACAGAGGAAGAACAUAGAUUGUUUCUUACUGGAUUGCAUAAAGUUGGAAAAGGUGAUUGGAGAGGCAUUUCAAGAAACUUUGUUAAAACUCGAACACCGACUCAGGUAGCGAGUCAUGCUCAGAAAUAUUUUCUCCGGCGGACUAAUCAGAAUCGCCGUCGUCGUAGAUCAAGCCUCUUCGACAUCACUCCCGAUUCGUUUACAGGAUCUCCAAAAGAAGAGAAUCUUUUGCAUACUCCAUUGGAUGGAUCAAAACUAAUCCGUCCGGUUCCGAUUCCGAUUCCGAUUCCUCCGUCGCGGAAAAUGGCAGAUUUGAAUCUUAAUCAGAAAACUCAGCCGACAACGGAGAUGUUUCCGUUGCCGGCAUCAUCCAAUGAACAGAAGGCACGUGCCUCGGGGUUCAAGGCGAUGUCGAGUAAUGGAGAUAGUAUAAUGGGAGUGGCUUGAUGAAGAAGAUAAUGUUUUAAUUAAUUUAUAUUGUAUAAGAUAAGAUUUGAAUGAUGGUUAAUGUGAAAUUUGAGAAUUAGGCUAAUUAGAUACUUUGAUGAUCAGACUUCAGUGAGGUUUUUAAGGUUUGAAUUAGUGUGUACAUGUUUUUUGCUCUUUUUGGGGGAAGGGAGAAGGAAACUACUUGUCGUUUUUGUUGUUGUAUGAUUAUAUGGAAGAUGCUGUAAAACAACAGGUAGUCUCUGGGUUGUUUUGGUCAAGACUUCAUCAGAUUCAGAAGUGAAGACUACUUCAAGCUUAAAAUAGUUAUAUGGAAUUUAAUUUAAUUGUGUCAGUCUCUUGAAAAGUUAAAAUAGAAUGGUUAUUGCCUUAUUGAGUUAAGGUUAAGUGUAUCUGAAUGCUUUUUUUAUUGUAAGACUUUUUCCUGUUC